GUUUGUUUUGUUUUUGCGUGUAGGUCUCUUCAUGUUCGUGAUUGUGUGCGUUUGGUUUGUCUGUGUUGUGCGUCUUCACGUUGGGUUUAUUUUUUUUCUCCAAUCGCGUUUUGGUUUUCUUGCCGUAGCUACGGCAAGCGCGACGGGACAUGAGGCGUAUGCCCCGAGCUAAGCUAAGCUAAUCGCUAAUCGUGUUUUUGCCGUCAUGGCGGCGCACCUGAAAAAGCGAGUUUAUGAGGAAUUCUCCAGAGUUGUACAGAAAACACAUUACAAGCAUUUUUGGUGGCUCGCUGUCGCGCGCGCGCAGGUUCCUGCCGAAGAAGUUCCGUCCAAGAAGCUUCGUCUGUGUAAGCCCAGCAAGUCGGCGGCUCUCCACGUGGAUCUGUGCAAGGCCGCCAACGCCACCGACGCUUUGCAGUACCUGCUGCAGUUCGCGCGCAAACCCGUGGAGGCCGAGAGCGUCGAGGGCGUCGUCAGGAUCCUCCUGGAGCACUACUACAAGGAGGCGGACAGCUGCGUGCGGCUGAAGAUCGCGUCCCUGCUGGGCGUCCUCUCCACCACGCCGGGCUUCAGUCCCGACUGCAUCGUGGAGGACGUCGUGACCGCCGUGGCCAACGAGAAGUCCCAUCAGGUUCUGGCGCAGCUUCUGGACAGCCUCCUGACGGCGGGCACUCAGCUUCCGCAGAUCCCGGCCGUGGCGGCGCGCCUGGCGGACGUGGCGCGGCGGCAUCUGUCGGACGCGUCGUUCGGCGUGAGGAACAAAUGUCUGCAGCUGCUCGGACGUCUGGGCGCCGCGGACUCGCCGCCCGGCAAAGACGGCGACGGUCUCGGGACGUCCGCCGGAGCCGCGAGAGACGUGCCGAGCGUCAUCAGCGACUACUUUGGAGAUCAGGACCCCCGAGUGCGCACGGCAGCCCUCAAAGCCAUGCUGCAGCUGCAUGAGAGAGGCAUAAAGAUUCAGCAGAUGAUUUACGAGCAGGCGUGCAGGCUGCUGGCGGACGACUACGAGCAGGUUCGCUCUGCUGCCGUGCAAAUGGUUUGGGUGCUGAGCGACUUGUACCCGGAGAGCAUCGUGCCCAUCCCGUCGUCCAACGAGGAGAUCCGCCUGGCGGACGACGCCUUCGGGAAGAUCAGCCACAUGGUGAGCGACGGCUCGUGGAUGGUGCGCGCGCAGGCCGCCAAAACGCUGGGUUCCAUGUCGCAGGUCAGUCCGCACUUCCUGGAGCAGACGCUGGACAAGAAGCUGAUGUCCGAUCUGCGGAGGAAGCGCACGGCCCACGAGCGCGCCAAGGAGCUCUUCGCUUCGGGCGAGUUCUCGUCAGGCAGGAAGUGGGCCGACGACGCCCCCAAGGAGAAGGUGGACACCAACACGGUCAACCUGAUCGCCUCGGGAGCCUGCGGGGCCUUCGUGCACGGCCUGGAGGACGAGAUGUUCGAGGUGCGCAUCGCGGCGGUGGAGGCACUGUGCCGGCUGGCCCGUUCGUCGCCCGGCUUCGCCGAGAAGUGUCUGGACUUCCUGGUGGACAUGUUCAACGACGAGAUCGAGGAGGUGCGGCUGCAGUCCAUCCACGUGCUCCGAGAGAUCUCCACGCACAUCACGCUCAGGGAGGACCAGCUGGAUACCGUGCUCGCCGUACUCGAGGACUCGUCUCGCGACAUCCGAGAAGCUUUGCACGAGCUGCUGUGCUGCACCAACGUGUCCACUAAGGAGUGCAUCCAGCUGGCGCUGCUGGAGCUGCUCAAGAACCUCAACAAGUAUCCUGCCGACCGCAACUCUGUGUGGAAGUGUCUGAAGUUUUUGGGUUCGCGCCACCCGAUGCUGGUGUUGCCGUUGGUUCCGGAACUCCUCAGCACGCACCCUUACUUUGACACCCCGGAACCCGACAUGGACGACCCGGCCUACAUCGCGGUUCUGGUGUUGGUGUUCAACGCGGCCAAGUCGUGUCCCACCAUGCCGGCGCUCUUCUCGGACCACACCUUCAGACACUACGCCUACCUCAGGGACAGCCUGUCAUACCUGGUACCGCCUCUACGGCUGCCGGGCAGGAAGCAGGUCCACGGUCUGGACUCUGCUGACUGUCAAGGCGUGGAGUCGGCUCAACUCUUCCUGCAGCAAAGUCUGGACCGGGUAAGCACCAUCCAGAACCUGGAAGCACCUGGAGCUCAGGACCUGCUCAUCUUCAUCAUACGUGACUUACAGAGACUGGGCCAGCUGCAGACAGAACUUGCCGGAGCCGCCGACUUCUGUGCCACGUACCUGCGCUGCCAGCUUCUCCUCAUCAAGGUCACGGCAGUCACGCGCCGCUUCUCACAAAUGCGCGGCGGCCUGGUGCGGCGCGUGUGCGCCAGGGCUCACGCCGCCCCGACGAACUUGAGUGUCGUGCGCCCUUUCCCACAGGCUCUGCAGGAGAAGCUGUGGAACGUGGCGGUGCCCCUCUGCCUCGAGCAGAACGUCACGGCCACGGCGGCCGCUCAGCAGGUUCUGGAGGAGAGCUACAAGCUGGAGUUCAUGUACAGCGGUCUCGAGAGCAGACAGGUGGCCGUCAUCCAUCACGUGCGGCUGCAGGCCAAAGCGCUGCAGCUGGUUCUGAGCGCCCGCACCACACACGGGCAGGAUCCUCUCGUCAGCGCCUGUGAAAAGUUCCUGCAGGAGCUCGACUCUUUCCACAGGCUGUUCGCGGCCGAGCUCCCGCACCUCCAGGACGGUUUUGUGGACAAGCUGGUGGAGGCCACGCCGCGCCUGGCGUCCCGCAAGCCCUCCGAGCUGGUCAACAUCCUCCAGACGUCGCUGAGGCACAGCGCCCUGCUGCCGCUCACGCUUCCGCCUCAGAUUCACCGCGCCACGGCCAACAUCAUCGAGCCCACGGGCGAGUCGGACAACCCGCUCAAGUUCACGUCCGGCCUGGUGGUGGCGCUGGACGUCGACGCCACUCUGGAGCACGUCCGUGACCCGCACAGCUCGGUCAAAGUGGAGGUUGUCUAUCCCGACGGCCAGAGUCACGUGAUCCAUCCCAAACCCGGAGACUUCCGCAACCCGGGACCGCAGCGGCACCGACUCAUCACGCAGGUCUACUUGUCGCACGGCGCUUGGACAGAGCCUUGUCAGGUGGAGGUGCGCCUCCUGCUGGCCUACAGCUCCUCGUCGUCCUCGUCGCCCGACGACUCCAAGCUGGCGUGGAGCGACAGCCUGGAUGACCUCCCGCCACCAGAGGGCGCCGUGGAGGGAACCAUCGCCUUUAGCAAGCCCGUCAAAGUCUUCAUCAUGCCCAAGCCUGCCAGACGCUAAUGCUAAUGCUAACGACAACAAAGGACACUCGGGUGGAAUCAUCAUAUGUGACUUGAUUCAUUACAAAAAGCAGCUUUGCGGCGUUUUAUUUCCACUCCCAAACUAAACAUAAAACAAAGACAAUUUCACCUUAUGGAUUGAAAACAACCGACCCCCAAUACUUAAGAACAGCCCGCUAGCUAAGUGCUAACAUAUACUGAAAAAUCCCAUUGACAUGCUAACGGUCAGCACUGAUAGCAACGGAUAUUUGAACAUGAACGGUGGAGCGACACGUAACAGAUAAUAUGACAAUAAUCAUAGCUUAAAGUUGCCCCCCGCAUAUUUGUGGAUUCACCUAUUGCCUAACCCCCAUUUUGGGAAGAAACCCACACUUAUUUGCCACAUUUUUCCCACGAUCACCCGCUUAUUUGACCUGUUUGCAUACAUUUUUUUUUUGUAAAUUUGUUGUUUUUAUAUGGCUAUUAUGAGUUUCAAUUAUUUGUGGGUUUGCACUGUUUGCUGUUGGGCAUGGUCCCCAUCCCUAGUUUAUUUGAUGGUUUUUUUUGGGGGGGGGUGGGGGCAGAAAAUAACCCGUUUUUUUUUUUUUUUUUAAUUACCUAUUGCCACUGUAUUCCCACUCAUUCACUAACUUUGGGGGGGGGGGGUAAAAAAAAAAAGUUUUUCAAUGGAAUUAUAAUGAGUGUUAAUUAUUCGUGACUUUUCACUGUUUGCUAUCGGGCUUCGUCCACACCCCCCCGCAAAUAGCGGGGGUUCACUGUGUGUUCUUCUGCGAGAAAUGUUCAAUAUUACAGCAGCUUACUGAGUAGUAGUAGAAGUCGAUUCUGAGUUGUUUGUGUCUGCAUCCUGCUGGCCAAGGUGGGCACACCAGAAGGAGCAGCACAAUUUAUUGGAUUGCGGCAUGAAAUUAUGAUGCACAAACUGUUUAAUUCUUUCCCUUCUAUUUAAUGGAUUUAUUACUAUGUUUUUAUGAAGUUCAAUAUAAUGGCUGUUUUUCCUUAUCACAAAGCUAAACGUUGUUUUUGGGGGGAGGCUAGAACAGAUUAAUGGCAUUUUCAUUCAUUUCAACAGGGAAAGAAGAAAAAUUCAAUUUAUUUAUAAAACACAUUCACAGGUACAUCUCAAUAAUUGAGAAUACAUUAAUUGUAAUUUAUUGAGCUAUAUAAAUAAAUAAAUAUAUUGUGCAACAGAA